GUUGUCGUUUCUCCUUGAUAGUUUUUUCGGAGUCACGAACGUUAGCGACCGAGGCGAUGGCGAUGGCGGCGGCGGCGGCGGCGACGACGACGACGACGGUGGCGGUGGUGGAGGCGGAGAAAUCGGAGCAAUCUGAGCAAGAGAGCGAAGCAGAGGAAGAUGUAUACGAGGUUGAGAGGAUAGUGGACAUGAAAGUUUCUGAGGGUCAAAUUUUGUACAGAGUUCACUGGAAAGGCUAUCCUUCUGACGAUGAUACUUGGGAGCCAGAGGCUCAUUUGGAGGACUGCACAGAAGUGCUACACGUUUUCAAGCAAAAAUCAAAAGAAAAAUCACCUGCAAAAGACAAUCGGAAACUUAACUUCGAUAAAGAUAUUUUUGAAGAUGAAUCUGAUGAUGAUUUUGGAGGAGCAACAGAAAUCUCUUCACCAAAGGUCAAAAAGAAGAAGAAAACUAAAUCUGAACUGGACAUGAGACUUGACAGUCCCAAAAUGGAAAAAAAAGUGAAAUCCAUCAGAUCAAAUAGUGAGGAGGUAAGAGACAACUCAAUGAAACAUCUGAGCGAUCUCUCGGAUGACGAUAAAGUGAAGAAAAGGACUUUAAAUGAAUCCAAGAAAUUGAAGAAAAAACAUGCUGAAACAGAUAAGGUUCUAUCAAAUUCAGCCCCAGAAGAUGAUGCUUUAUUGGAACCAUCGUUAAACCUUGAUGAAUGCAAACAUCAGGAAAAAUUGGAUUUAAAAAACACAAUGUUUGAGCAAUGUAAGGAUAUGGCCCAGCCAGAUAACAUUACAGUAUCUAAAAGAUCUCUGGAAAGCUCUGAGGAAGAUGACUUUGAACUUAUGUUAACGAGAAAGAAAAAGAAAAGGGACAAGGUGGACAAUGUGAAGCAAGAGAUGAAACCGAAAAAAAAUCAGAAGGAAGAUUUUUCAGAGAAAAAACACAUAAAUAAAGAGAAUACCAGUCAUGCCAAGAAACAGAAAAGUCAUGAAAUUAAGGCUCCAAAACCUCAGCAAGAAGCCAAAGGCAGAAAGUCAAUGGAUGGUGAAAACAGUACCACUCCUAAACCUGAUUCUGCAAAGAUAAUGAAAAAAAUUAGUAAAAUCCACAACGUGAAUGAUAAUUCUCGAUCUGCAACUGAGAAAGUAAUUCAUGGUUCUGAAUCCAAUGUAACAACUUCAGGACAGCAACCCCUAUUCACUGAGCCUAGUCUCUUUGACAAAUUACGACUGGAUUCUGAAAUUAAUCGAGAAAAUUUGAAAAUUAAUAAAUCAAACUCUUUAGCAAUAAAUACUGAGGAGAAGCUGGAAACAGUUAAAACCACAAAUCAGCCUUAUUCCCGGGAAAAGUUGGGAAAGAAAGGUGAAGCAGCCAAAGAGCUAUCUGAUAAGAGGCAGGAUGUCGAGAAAGGGCGAAAGGAACAAAGUGGGGAUUGCAAUAAUCGAGAGAUGAAGGGCCUUUUUGACAAGUUUUUCAUUCCCUUUUCUGAUGUUGCUGAUCAUGAGGACAGAGAAAAUAAACGUGUGGUUUCCCAUGAUCUUAAAAUUGACGAGAACCGAGCUAAAGAGAAACUGCAAAAAGAUAAGAAAAAAGAGAAUGAUUCAAGAAUUCAGACUGCAGUUGAAGAAACCCAUAAGAUUCUUGACACCAUGCCUCAGACUGAGGAGAAUGCAGAUGGCAAAAUGCUUAAAUUGGGUGUGGACUUGCAGCUUGAUUGGAUGACAUUGGAAGAUUUUCAAAAACAUCUGGAUGGAAAUGAUGAUUUACUUUCUCCACCAAAAGUAAUAUCCAACAGUGUGUUGCGUGAUGCAGUGAAAAAUGGAAACUACCUGACAGUAAAACUGGCCCUUAAUUCGAGUGAAGAAUAUAAUCUGGAUCAAGAGGACCCUAGCGGAAUGAAUCUCAUCAUGUUUGCAGCUGCUGGAGGACAGGAUGAUAUCCUUAGAUUGCUCAUCAAGAAAGGAGCAAAGAUUAGUUCUCGACAAAAAAACGGUACAACUGCAUUGAUGCAUGCAGCUGAAAAGAAUUAUCUUACAACAGUUGCUAUUCUUCUGGAGGCAGGUUCCCAACUUAAUGCUCAACAGAUCAGUGGAGAAACUGCAUUAAUGAAGGCUUGUAAGCGAGGAAAUGCUGACAUAGUAAGACUUCUCCUAGAAUAUGGAGCAGAUUGCGGCAUCCUUUCUAAACAUCAGAACAGUGCUCUAUACUAUGCUAAACAGAGCAACAACAUAUUAGUUUAUGACCUGCUAAAGAAUCAUGUGGAAACCAUAUCCAGAGUGGCAGAUGAGACAAUUAGGGAUUACUUUGAAGCACGUCUGUCAUUGCUAGAACCCGUGUUUCCUGUAGCUUGUCAUAGACUUUGCGAAGGACCAGACUUUGCUUUGGACUUCAACUACAAACCUCAGCACAGUUCAGUUGAAGGAACUGGGAUUCUACUCUUUAUCUUUCAUGCAAAUUUUUUUAGCCAUGACCACAUCGUGGCUAAACUCUGUGGAUCCUGCAGUGUUCAAGCUGUAAUUCUGAAUGAUAAAUUUCAACUUCCUGUAUUCUUGGAUAGUCAUUUUAUUUAUUCCUUCAGCCCUGUGCCUGGCACUAAUAAAUUAUUUAUUAGACUUGCUGAAGCACCUACUGCCAAGGUAAAGCUACUUAUUUGUGCAUACAGAGUCCAGCUCCAGUGAAUGGCUGCAGCCGAGUUUCGUUCUGCACCUGGAAUAAUUAGGAUGGACAGAUUUUGUGAGCAAACCUUUUCACGGACAGCUCAUCCAGGACACUUGGAAGUGUUUUUUUUAACCAAAGUUUGUCCAUCUGUGUCUGGAAAUAUUCUUUUGCAUCUGUUAUAAACUGAAAUAUACGGAUAUUGAAAGUUUUACAUACUGUAAUUACUGUAUUGUUUUUAAAGUUGUCUUUUUGUAGAUGGCAGUCAGCAUUUGUUAAAUAGCUGUUGUAGUGCCUAUUUGCAUGUGAGAAUCUAUCUACAAAUUUUCCACAAUGUGGAAGAGUGGUAAUGCUCCAACUUUUUAAUAUUUAUGAACAAGUUGAUACCUUUUUCCCCAAUGUCUGCCUGCUACACUUUUUCUUGAUUUGUUGCAGAGCAGAAUUAAUUGGGUUUAUUUUACUUUGCUCUUGACACAUGCUAUUCCAGGAUGAGGAUCUGAUGGGCCUCUGCUGGGAUGGACUAGACAUGGCCAAGGCCAACAUGCCAGGGACAAUUUCACGACAUCACUUCAUUACCAUGACAUUUGUUUACUGGUGUACCACUGUCAGUAGCUUUAAGUUUGCUAUUUAUGAAUCUGUAUGGUGUAUCAUUAGAACUGUGUUUUAAACUCAUUUUGAAGUCACUAUAUAAAUGGCAACUACUGCCUUUGGCAACAUUUCUCGUCUUGACAAGUAUGUAAAUACAUUGAAAAAUGCUUGAACUUUUUUUGAAUGUGAAUUUAGUAGUGAUCUUUUGAUGCAGCAAGUAUUUAGGAACCACUAUCCAUUUAAGAGCUGUUUGUACUCCGAUUUUAUUAUUUUUAAACAAGUGCUGUAGAGCUCAUGAUGGCAUGAUAGAAUAGCCUUUUAUAAAAAGCUAUUGAUGGUU